UGCGUGGUCUGAUAACUCUGAUUGCAUCACACGAUCGUUCACAACAAGUACGGCACCGUACUCGAGGAUUUUGCAGACGACGUUCCGACUUAAUUUCACAAUGAAUACUUUUAUCUUUAAAGUAACUUUCCUAAUUAUUUCAGUGUCAAUCAUCUCUACAUAUGCUCUUCCACUUCGUCCCGUUGUGGGUGUGUUGGCGCAAGGGAGUUCCUCAUCGACAAAGAAGUAUGGGGCCUCUUACAUCGCUGCAUCCUACAUCAAGUAUCUGGAGUCUGCUGGUGCUCGAGUUGUUCCCAUCCUUGUAAAUCAAACGGAUGAAUACUAUAACAACAUUUUCAAAUCUCUCAAUGGGAUACUGUUUCCUGGAGGAGGAUCUGACAUUAUAGAUGUUUCUCACAUCGGCUAUUCAGGGGCAGCACAUAUUCUCUAUCAUUUAGGCCUUGAGGCUAAUAAACAAGGAGACUUCUUUCCUCUCUGGGGGAUAUGUCUUGGAUUUGAGGAGCUUAUGGUGCAGACGGCUGGAGAAGAUGUACUUAAAGAAGGCAUCAAGGCAUCUAAUAUUAGUUUCCCUGUACAGCUAGAACAAGGUUAUGAACAGAGUAGAUUGCUGAAUGCCAACACUACACCUCCCAGUAUCAUCAAGACUCUAUCAACAGUCAAUUCAACUCUCAACUCACAUAACAUGGCAUUAACUCCAACUAAUUUUACCAGAUUUACAGCCUUGUCCUCCUUCUUUCAAGUUCUUUCAACCAACGUAGACCUGAAUGGUGUUAGGUUCAUAUCAACCGUUGAAGCGUAUGACUACCCAUUUUAUGGCACCCAAUGGCAUCCUGAGAAGAAUGCCUUUGAAUGGAAAGUGAAUUCAUGUCAUGCUAAGGAAUGUGUGGAGCUCAUGCAGUAUAUGGCAAACUUCUUUGUAGAGGAAGCACGGAAGAGUCAGCACCAGUUCAGCUCUCCUGAUGAGAUGGCCAAGCAUUUGAUCUACAACUAUGACCCAGUCAACCUAUCUCAGACAUCAAAUGCCUUUGAACAGGCUUAUUUUUUCCCAUGAGAUCCAUGGGUCAUUCUAGUCAGGGUCUUCCUAUCAGGGCUGCCUGUGAGUAAUUUUUUGUUUCAAGACAAAGACAAGUUUUGAUGUGAAAUUAUUUGCUGAUGCUCACUUUUAUUUUGCUUUGGAAUUCAUGCCAUAUUGUGAGGAAAUUAAAUCUAACUCAAUGUAAAUGUCUAUUUAUCUUUUUUAAAAGAAUUAUUAUUUAUCAAUUAUUUCAUUUCAGUUAUGACUACAUGUAUAACUGGUGAAAGGGUAUUGUAGGCCUAUUGUAAUUUGUGAAGCAUUUUAUAGAAAUUGAAGAAAGAAAGGGAAUAAUUGUUGAGUUUCUUUGAAAAGAUUUACAGUACUUACUAAUGUUAGGAAGAUCAUUAAUUCUGCAAUCAUCAUACAAUUUUUUUAGUGCUUUCAAAUAUUAAAAAGGAAAAGAUUUUUCUUCAGAGUUUGCAGUAUUAUUAGGGAGCUCAAGUGCUAAUUAUCAGUGUAGAUUUGGUGAUAUAUAAAAAAAACUCUUUUAUUUUAAUAGAGCCUCGAUAUGUGCAAUACUUAACAUUAAGGGAGGAUUCUAUUGGUAGUUAUGUAAAAAAUGACAACCAACAAAAAUAUGUUGUCCAUGGGUGAAUUAGAGGUGUAACUGUUGCAUUCCGUACGGGACAUUUCUGAGUCUUGUACAGCAUGUAAAACAUUUUUACCUUUACUUCAUCCAUAAUCAAGCAAUUUUGUUGGUUAUUGGUUUUUUCACAUGACUACCCCUAUAGCUUUAUCAUUGACAAAAAAAGAAAAUAUUGCUCGAGCAUUUAGCUAAGAGACUAGAUAUUGUCGAAAUGUCCCGAACAACACAUAAUAGCCCUAAGAGACAUAUUUCAGUCUGGUUUAUUUGCUGUAUAUAUGAUUAGCCUGAAACAUUUUGUUGAUUGAAAGAGUAAUUUGAAUUUGUGUCCAUUACACCAAAGAAAAAAAAUCUGGAUUUUAGAACCAAGAAGAACAUAGGCCUACAAUUAUGAAAGCAGAAAGCUGUUUGCUCUUUAUUAGAGAUACAUGUAUAUGAUAGUAACCUCUCUCUGUGCUUUUUAUUUUUUUUUAUUUUACUCUUUAACCGUGAGAGUACCCCAGGCCAGGGGUAUUUUUAGUCUUAUCAGUCUCGGGGGGGGGGGGAUUAUGGCACCCCUUAAAAAUCUUGCGCAAAUCGUACGAACACAACAACACUUUGGAUGAUGAUAGAGAAUGACAUUAUAAUAUGAGAUAUGAGAGUUGUUUCUUGUUCCGUAGUAAUAAGAUUUUUUAUCUGAUUCUGUUUUGUAUAUCAAUGUUUUACUGUAUUUUUGUCUCACCUGCAUAGCAGAGUGAGACUAUAGGCGCCGCUUUUCCGACGGCGGCGGCGGCGUCAACACCAAAUCUUAACCUGAGGUUAAGUUUUUGAAAUGACAGCAUAACUUAGAAAGUAUAUGGACCUAGUUCAUGAAACUUGGCCAUAAGGUUAAUCAAGUAUUACUGAACAUCCUGCCUGAGUUUCAUGUCACAUGACCAAGGUCAAAGGUCAUUUAGGGUCAAUGAACUUAGACCAUGUUGGGGGAAUCAACAUCAAAAUCUUAACCUAAGGUUAAGUUUUUGAAAUGUCAUCAUAACUUAGAAAAUAUAUGGACCUAGUUCAUGAAACUUAUACAUAAGGUUAAUCAAGUAUCACUGAACAUCCUGCAUGAGUUUCACGUCACAUGACCAAGGUCAAAGGUCAUUUAGGGUCAAUGAACUUUGGCCGAAUUGGGGUAUUUGUUGAAUUACCAUCAUAACUUUGAAAGUUUAUGGAUCUGAUUCAUGAAACUUGGACAUAAUAGUAAUCAAGUAUUACUGAACAUCCUGUGCAAGUUUCAGGUCACAUGAUCAAGGUCAAAGGUCAUUUAGGGUCAAUGAACUUUGGUCAAAUUGGGGUAUUUGUUGAAUUACAGCCAUAAAUUUGAAAGUGUGUUGGUCUAGUUCAUAAAACUUGGACAUAAUAGUAAUCAAGUAUCACUGAACAUCCUGUGCGAGUUUCAGGUCACAUGAUCAAGGUCAAAGGUCAUGUAAGGUCAAAGAACUUUGGCCACGUUGGGGGUAUUUGUUGAAUUGCCAUCAUAUCUCUAUAAGUGUAUUGGUCUAGUUCAUAAAACGUGGAAAUAAGAGUAACCAAGUAUCACUGAACAUCUUGUGCGAGUUAUAGUAGUUUUCAAAAUCAGCACUGCUGCUAUAUUGAAUCGCGUGAUGCAGGUGAGACGGCCAGAGGCAUUCCACUUGUUACUCUAUUCUCUUAUCUUUAUGACUCAUUACAAUGGUCAAUUAUACUGUGUGGUUCAAAAAUACUUGACACGUCACAAAUCGCCAUUUUAAGGAAAAAAUUGUCAUGAACCCAUAAUCAUAAUAAGGCUGGAAAGAGUAUCUUCUCCAAAUUCAUUUGAUACCACAUUUUUGUGGUAUGUGUCCACGCUUCGAUAAACAGUAGGUACUCUUUGCAGUGAUGUAAAUUUUGACUUGCGCCAAAAUAAGGCAUGACUGCAAUGAAUGAAUCUAGAUGCUAAUGUCACAAUCCUACAUGAGUUAGUAAACAUAUUUGCAAAUCCCUUUUCAAUGAAAUUAACUUUAGAAUUGAUACUAAAAAGUGUUUUUUAAACAAUUAUAAUGUAAAUUAUUGAAAAGGUGUUUUUGUAGCCCGCCUCGACCCUUUAAAUGAAGAGAAAAGACAGACACGUGUUAUUUCUUGGUAAAAGUAACAGUAGAAUCUUUUUAUUUAAACAAAUAAUCAAACACAUGAGUGUAUACAAAAUAAUAAUAUAUAUAUGUUGCGAUUCAACAUAUAUAUCAAGAUACUGUAACCCCGAGGUUAUUCAGUCUUAUAUAAUAAACUUAACAUUGAUAACACAAUGUAUUAACGAGUUCCUAUUUACAUCUACAUAAUCAUUAAUACAGUUUCAUUAUCGAAUCUAAUAAACACUAACCUAGUAACAUACAGAUAAUAUUAUAUAUAUUCCUAACUAAACUGUGAUUCGUAAUACCCUCUAACUCUAAAGGUAUUAUGAACUUCAUUGCAUACCUAGACAAUAUUAUCAAAAUGCUAUUAUCCUCUCAGCUUUAUAGAAAUAUAACGUAAACCUGGAAAGUACCCUUGGUGAUAUAACAUUUAUCUUUUCUUUAUCCACUCUAAACAAACUCUUAUUCUAUCUACAUGCUCCAAUACUAAACUGGGGAUAAACUUCCAUAAGAAUGUAUAACAGGUCUGUACUUCAUUCUAUGAGAACCUUACAGACAUAAACAUUCAAAGUUUAUGAUUUUACCUACUAUUCUUUGCAUCAGAAAGUUCAAACCACAAUGGAACUACAUAAUGUUCAAUUAAUAAUACUCUUCCAAUGUACUUCUUUUCUGGCAUAGAAAUCACAGUCAAUCAACAUCACUCUUCAACAAUUAGUACUUCUUAGAACUCCUUCUACAUCAUAUAGUCACACACAUAAUCAAUAACUUUUAACUGGCAUUAGUUAAUAUUCAACAUCCAAUCACACUCAACAAUUCAAUGAUUAUAAUAACUUGAAAGAUGAACCAAGCUUACCUUUAAAUGAAGAGAAAAGACAGACACGUGUUAUUUCUUGGUAAAAGUAACAGUAGAAUGCCCUUCUCACAAAGUGUGUUCAAACUCCUGCAGUAUCUGGACUCUUCGAUUAUGUUACAGGGGUAACCAUCAUUACCAAUAGAGGGACUGCCAGGUGUGUUAAUUAAAGGCCUGCUUGUACCUUUGUGUACUUUGUGGGCCUGCCCACACUCUCCCCCCGAAAAAAUAAGCUGGCCGGUUCAUUUUCAUGGUACCCUAUCAUCAUCAACUUACAAUACAACAGUUUAAACAAAAAUAUGCAUGUAUUCAAAUAAACGCUUGCACACCUAGAGUAGUCAUCUGGUAUCAAAAGAAUGAGAGAACUCAUUUCUGUGGCAGAGUCAAAAGGAAAAAAAAAAAUUCACUUCCUCAUGGAAUUAUUCCAUUUCAGAGGUCUGGAAGAAGAAAAGAGGCCUUCCUUUCUUAUCCAAGCAACUUUUACAGUUGUUUCAAGUAAUAAAUUUUUCCGUCGCAGUAUCUGCAUACUCUCUCCGUAAUUACACUGAAAGUCACCCAUGCUACCCUAACAUUACCUUUUAGCAGGACUUUUCACUAUCGGUACAAUCCAGCACAAAAGAUAACCAGAGGACUCUCUAGAACAUGCAAAAUGUCCAAAAGGUUUUUCUAAACAUCCAAGAACUCAUGAUCUU